ACAACGGCGUUCACCUUCAGCAGACUACGUCGGUCAAAACCACACCUUCAACGAGCAAACCUGACAAAGAGGCCUUAACUGUUUCUGAAACUUCAACAUGUGGAGCGGGCGAUCCUGUGUCCUCACCUGCUACGCCUAACGCCCUUUACACGCUGACGGCAUCGGCGGAAGGGAAGGGGACGUCGUGGCGUCAACGAGCCGGGAUGACCCCGUCAGCCACCCCGACUCCCUCUACAUGGAGGAGGAGAGCGAAGACAUGGAGCAGGAGGAACACAUGGAGGCGCAGGAGGCCGCUUCAGAACAAGUUAGCAGUCCAGAGGAAGGCAGCGACGAUGACGAAGAUGAGGAGGAGGAGGAGGAGGAAGAAGAAGAAGAAGAAGAAGAAGAAGCCAAUGAAGACAAAACAGAAAGUGAGAUGACAACCCCCGGAUCACCAAACAAGGUACGCCAGUGGAUAGCAGACCGGGUCACCGUGAAUUCAUCUCCCGUCUCACCCUCCACCUCCUCUCCUUACCCCGGACCGUCGCCCAGCAGCGAUUGGUCCACGCCCCGACGGGAGAAGUCCUCACCGCUGCGAGGCCCUAGCGGGAAGUUUGUUUCACCUUGUGCCGGGGGCUACAGCUCCUCCUCUUCCCCUCCCGAUCAGACCACACCUCAGCGAUCCCGUGGACACGCAGACAUGGCCGAGCAGGCGAAACAUGAAGCUGAUAUAGAGCAUCGAACCCAGUCACUGAAGCGAGAGGGCUUCUGGUCAAUGAAGCGUCUCACUCGUCUGACCGAGCCGCCGCGACCCAAAGUUCACUGGGAGUACUUGUGUGAGGAGAUGCAGUGGCUCUCGGCUGACUUUGCUCAGGAGCGGCGGUGGAAAAGAGGGGUGGCCAGAAAGGUGGUGCGAAUGGUGAUGCGACAUCACGAGGAGCUGAGGCAAAAAGAAGAAAAGGCCAAACGGGACGAACACGCCAAAAUAAGAAGAGUCGCCUCCUCCAUUGCAAAGGAAGUCCGGGCUUUCUGGAGCAGCGUUGAGAAGGUGGUGCAGUACAAGCAGCAGUCGCGCCUGGAGGAAAAGAGGAAGAAAGCUCUGGAUCUGCAGCUGGACUUCAUCGUCGGCCAGACAGAGAAGUACUCUGACCUUCUCAGCAAGUCGCUCGCACCCACCAGACCCGCUGAAACGGUCCCGACGACUCCCCCGAAAUCAGUCGCUCCUCCGGCUGAUGAGGACGACCGAGACUUUGAGCCUCCCUGUGAGGAGGAGGAUGAUGAGGAGACCAUAGAGGUGGAGGAGCAGCAGGAGGGAAACGACGCUGAGAGCCAGCAGAGGGAGAUUGAACUGUUAAAGGAGGAGGGCCUGCUGCCCCUGGACCAAUUACUCAACACCCUUAAAAUGCCACAGGAGUCAGUCUCAGACGAAGAAUGCUCCGAUGAAACGUCGUCAUCGGUGGAAGAGGAAGACGGCGAGUUCAACGCCGAUGAAGAAGAUGCUGAGGAUGAGGAGGACACCAUAGAUGCUCAGGAGAAGGUGGAAGGAACUGUGGAUCAUGCUGAAGAGCUGGACGACCUGGCCAAAGAAGGAGACAUGAGUGUCGAGGAGCUGUUGGAGAAGUACAAAGGAGCGUACGCCUCAGACUUCGAGGUUCCCUCUGCAUCGGGUUCUAAAGCGAGCUCUGAUUCGGAGGUGUCUGGGGACGACGAGGAAGAGACUGAAGAAGACGAGAGCGACGCAGAGAGCAACUCUUCCUCCUCAGAUUCUCCAGGAGACAGUGGUGAAGACGACAGCGAGAGGGAUGAAGAGGAGUGUGAGGAGGAAGAGGACGAUGAGUGUGAAGGGAUGGAGGUUCUGCUGAAGGAGGGAGACAACAGCCCGCCUUCCUCCAGCUCACGGCCAAAGAAAGAGAUCAAUAUCGCCGCUACAGCCGAGAGUCUGCAGCCGAAAGGAUACACUCUGGCUACCACCAAGGUCAAGACACCCAUUCCCUUCCUGCUUCACGGCACAUUACGAGAAUACCAGCACAUCGGACUCGACUGGUUGGUCACCAUGUACGAGAAAAAGCUAAACGGCAUCCUGGCUGAUGAGAUGGGUCUGGGUAAAACCAUCCAGACCAUCGCUCUGCUCGCUCACCUUGCUUGUGAAAAAGGUAACUGGGGCCCUCACCUCAUCAUCGUCCCCACCAGCGUGAUGUUGAACUGGGAGAUGGAGCUGAAGCGUUGGUGUCCUGGGUUUAAAAUCCUCACGUACUUUGGAAGCCAAAAGGAGAGGAAGCUGAAGAGACAGGGUUGGACUAAGCCCAAUGCCUUCCAUGUGUGCAUCACAUCGUACAAGCUGGUGCUGCAGGAUCACCAGGCUUUCAGACGCAAGUCUUGGCGGUACCUGAUCCUCGACGAGGCGCAAAACAUCAAGAACUUCAAGUCCCAGCGCUGGCAGAGCCUGCUGAACUUCAACAGCCACCGACGCCUGCUGCUGACAGGAACUCCUCUCCAGAACAGCUUGAUGGAGCUGUGGUCUCUCAUGCACUUCCUCAUGCCCCACGUCUUCCAGUCCCACCGCGAGUUCAAAGAAUGGUUCUCCAACCCGCUGACGGGAAUGAUCGAGGGCAGCCAGGAGUACAACGAGGGCCUGGUGAAGAGGCUCCACAAGGUCCUGAGGCCGUUCCUGCUCAGGAGGAUCAAAGUGGACGUGGAGAAACAGAUGCCCAAAAAGUACGAGCACGUGGUGCGAUGCCGCCUCUCCAAGAGGCAGCGGUUCCUCUACGACGACUUCAUGGCUCAGGCGUCGACCCGGGAAACGUUGGCCAGCGGUCACUUCAUGUCAGUGAUAAACAUCCUCAUGCAGCUCCGCAAAGUGUGCAACCACCCCAACCUGUUCGACCCCAGACCCAUCCAGUCUCCCUUCAUCACGAAGCCCAUCGUUUUCCACACAGCCUCCCUGGUGCAGGACGCCCUGGAGGUCUCUCCUCUUAAGCGCUGCGACCUCUCGAUGUUUGACCUCGUCGGUUUGGAAAGCCGCGUGUCUCGGUACCAAGCGGAUGUGUUCAUGCCGCGCCACAAGGUCGGCCGACCUCUAAUACAGGAGAUCAUGGAUUCCCCCGAACCCCCUCCAAGACCCAGACCGGUCCGCAUGAAGGUCAACAGGAUGUUCCAGCCGCCUCCUAAAGGUGAUAACCGACCGGUCCUGCUGAUGAACAAACCCACCAUGUCAGUGCCGCCUGCAGCACAAACUCCAAAACCUCCACCUGCUCCUGAAGCCAGCUCCACACCUGCACCUGCUCCUGUUGUUCAACAAGUGGUGUGUUCAGUGUCUACAGCGCCCCCUCCUCGCCCGUCCAUGCAUCUGACGGCUCAGACUGCGGUGAGAUCCAGCACUCCAAAACCAGUUCUGACCGUACGAGCUCCGACUGCUGGCUGCACGGCUAACAUCCCUGCUCACCCCAGUCCGAACCCCGGAAACAUCCUGCCCCAGAGGGUCCUGCUCAGCCCGGACAUGCAGGCCAGGCUGCCAUCUGGUGAGGUCGUGAGUAUAGCUCAGCUCGCCUCCCUGGCAGGGCGUCCCGUGUCCUCGUGUCAGGGCAGUAAACCCGUCACCUUCCAGCUUCAGGGAAACAAGCUGACUCUGUCCGGAGCUCAGAUCCAUCAAGUCCCAGCAGCUCCUGCACGCUCCGUUCAAGCAGGUAAUGUGAUGCACCUAGUGUCCAGCGGGGUGCAGCACCACCUCAUUAGCCAGCCCGCCCAGGUCGCUGUACAGAGUAACUCCAACACACUUCCUGCCUCCACCGCCAUAACUGCGAGCCGGAUGCCUCACAAUGCAAUCGCUCAAGUCCCCCCCUCCAUGUUGGGCACCCCCGGCGUCGUGAAGAUCGUUGUGCGUCAGUCAACAGGCAAGGAGGGUGGGCCUGUGCCCACUCUAGCAGUCGCCCCUUCCCCUCGUGUUGCUCCCCCUUACCCUCACCUUCAAACCAUCACAAGCCCUCCUCUCAGAAACACUGCUCCACUGCAGAUAGCUCAGCGCACCCCUGGUCCUGCCACCGCCCACUACACCAUAGCUCCUCCAGGACUCCCUAGCUCCACCCCCAACCAGCCCCACCCCCCUCGUCCUGUCCUCAAAGUAGUACAGCCUCCUCCGUCGAGCACAGAGCAGCCAGCCCCGACUCCAGUGAGCGCCUCGUCUUCUGCCUCUAAGUCUUCAGCAGCACCUCGUGAGAACAGCAGCAGCAGUCAAACACCAGUUAGCACCAAGUCAAGGCCCAGUACAGCAAAAUCCUUCCCACCACCCAGGAGAGUGCCUCGUCCACCUCCUCGCUCUCCUUUCCACAUGUCAUGGCUGGCAGAGAGUCAGAAGAAACAGCGCGACGGCAAACUGGAUUUCAUCAACGCCGUCAACGAGCUCCGCUGUGGGAUGAAGCCCGUGUAUGGCCGGGAGGUUUUGGACUUCCUGACUUUUCUCCCCGGUGGCCGCCCCUCGCCGGCCGCCUCGAGCUCUCAGGGGGAUUGGGGCCGCUCGGGACACAGCAGCUGUCUGUUUGCUCAGUGGCAGAACAAAUCCGACUUCUGGUUCCAGAGUCACGCUGUGAGAGAGGCGAUCAGCAGCAUCGAGGAGAGGCUGGAGAUGCUCCAGGACAUCACGGACAGGUUUACAUUUGCAAUCCCCCCGGUGGAGGCUCCUCCGAUCUCCAUGCACAGCUGCCAUCCUCCGCCCUCUCUGAGCCACCAGCAGGCUGUCUUCUCCUCCGCCCUGUCGAGUCAAGUCGCCCCGCUGACUCGCAGCCUCCAUCGUAUCCAGUGUUACAUGAGGACCCUGUUCCCUGACCUGAGGCUCAUUCAGUAUGACUGUGGUAAGCUGCAGACUCUCCACACUCUGCUGCGAAAGCUGAAGACGGGAGGCCACAGAGUGCUGAUCUUCACUCAGAUGACGCGCAUGUUGGACGUGUUGGAGCAGUUCCUCAACUACCACGGACACAUCUACCUGCGUCUGGACGGCAGCACCCGAGUGGAGAUGAGACAGUCCCUCAUGGAGCGCUUCAACGCAGAUCGCCGUAUUUUCUGCUUCAUUUUGUCGACUCGAAGCGGAGGUGUCGGGGUGAACCUGACCGGUGCUGACACAGUCGUGUUCUACGACAGCGACUGGAACCCCACCAUGGACGCCCAGGCACAGGACCGCUGCCACCGAAUCGGCCAGACCAGAGACGUCCACAUCUACAGGUUGAUCAGUGAGCGCACGGUGGAGGAGAACAUUUUAAAGAAAGCCAAUCAGAAGAGGAUGCUGGGAGAUAUGGCGAUUGAAGGAGGAAACUUCACCACCGCUUUCUUCAAAGAGCAAACCAUCCGGGAGCUGUUUGAUGUGAAUGACGGCGAGAAGAGAGAGGUGGCAGUGGAGCUCUCGGUGCCCCAGGCUGAGGAGGAGGAAGCUGUCAACAAGCAGAGCACCACCAUCCUGGAGCAGGCUCUGUGUCGUGCUGAGGAUGAGGAGGACAUAGUGGCUGCCUCUCAGGCCAAAGCCGAGCAGGUGGCAGAGCUGGCCGAGUUCAACGAGAACAUACCGCUGGAUGACGGAGGGGAGCAAGAGGAAGUAGAGGAGCUCUCCAAGGCCGAGCAAGAAAUAGCAGCUCUGGUGGAGCAGCUCACUCCCAUUGAGCGCUAUGCCAUGAACUUCCUAGAGGCCUCAUUGGAGGAUGUAUGCAAAGAGGAGCUGAAGCAGGCUGAGGAGCAAGUUGAGGCUGCCCGGAAAGGUCUGGACCAAGCCAAGGAGGAGGGGCUAAAGCUCCACGCUUCAUCCGAUGAAGACGAAGAUGACCUUUUGUCACCACCAGCAUCUGUGGAGCCCGCUCAGCCAACUCCGGCCCGCAGAGGCCGUAAACCCAAGGACAAGGACAAGGUUGUCGCCUCAACAAGGACUAGCGGUCGGCUGCGUGGGGCCUCACCCGAAGCGGAGCCUGAGCCCACGACCCCCAGAGAAGUGCCUGAAAGACUGCGUGCUGGUCUGAGAGGACGAGGAGCUGCCAAAGACGCCGUUCCCGUGUCUUCUACCCCGUUGCGCUCAGACCAUCACAAAACUUCAUCUUCAACCAGACUUCAGGAUUCCUCCAAAUCAUCAAAAGCUUCAUCUCCUGCCAGAGAUCACCAGAUCACAAAAACUAGGAGUCUACCAAACCGCUCCCAUCCCAGUCCAGUGCCUUCCCCUCCUACAACCUCCUCCCACGGAGGGAAACAACAGUGUGUUGGGGAGACUGACAGUAAGAACUCUAAAGCAGACGGAGAGAGUGAGAGACGGGUGUCUGAAUCUUCGCUUGAGUCGAGCUGUCCUGUGGACCAUCAAACAAAAGAUGACGACGGCAAAGAGCACAGUGCCAUGUCUCCUCCCUCCACGAGCUCCAGGUCUCCUCGCAAGCGUCAAUCAGCGGACGGAGAAGUCCUCCGGGGUCUCGUCGAAGACUCCCCAUCGGCCAAAGUCCUCCGUAAGCUUCCAGGGAGGCUGGUCACAGUGGUGGAGGACAAAGAGCCAAGAAGGAGGAGGCGGAGAGCAAGUGGAACUGGAGGCGGAGCUUCUUCAGAGGAGGCGGCUGUGGAGGAAAACGUUACCGCAACUGUUGACGAACCAAACAAAGACGAGACCUCCCUGAGCUCUGACGGCAAAACUAAAGGAACAGUCAAUAAUUCUCCUCAGGACCAAGACUCUACUCCGAGUCCUCCUGUGCAGCUACAGCCUGUCAGAGCGUAUCCUCCGUAUUCUCCACCCUAUCUUUCUCCUGACAUGCCUGUGCUGAGGAAUCUUCCAGUGAGGCGCCGGCUGGAAACUGAAUCUCGCAUGGCUGCUCAACUGGGAGAGCAGAUGCACCAACAGGGCAGAGGAAGGGGAGGGAACCAGUCCAGAAAAACAGACGUACCGCCAGGAAAAGACACGUCAACGGACUCUAGUUUGAAUUCCUCUGUGACGCCUUUGAAAAGAAAAAGGGGCCGGCCACCUAAGACUCCCCCUCAGUUAUCUGAGUCCGACGACACAGUGACUCAUUCCCUGCUGGCCCCCACACCAACUGAUGGAGGGAGACCCCCUCCGUCCCCAAAACGCAAGAGGGGUCGCCCCUGCAAAGACUCAACACACAUGCCACAAAGUGUUAGAGAAGAACGUAUCUCUACAAUGAGACCGCCACUACUGGGGUGCCAGAUUCAUCAAACACUGGUGCUAGGACAGAACCAGCAGACGCGACACUGCAAAAGUCUGAGACCUCUAAAGCUGCUGCUGUCACUACAAGUCAGACCCAGUCUACCAAAGCUGAUGACACUAAGACUGAGGUUUCAGUCGUUACUCACUGUCAAGCUCAAGCUUCCACAACAACAGAUCAGGCUUCAACACCAGUCUCAGUUUCAGUCCCAGCACCCACUGCCCCUUCACCAGCACCCCUUACUGCCCCUGCUCCCACAUCAGACUCAGCCCAAGUCGUUAAUUCAGUUCCAGCUUCAAAACCAAGUCCAGACACAGAAUCCACGCAGGCUUCUUCUUCAUCCUCGGCAAAACUUUCCACAUCGUCCACUGAUUCGGUCAGUGCAGCAACCCCCACUACCACGACUCCAUCGCCACCUGUGACCCUUACAACAUCAACUCUUACAGAUGUGAAACCAACACUAGUGGAUUCCACUGCUUCUGAAGCUCCUCCCACAGAGCCAACACCUUCAGCUUCUCUGAAUGUGAAACCAGCAGAGCCAGACUCUGCCAAAAGUACCACAGCUGACACAGCGGUUGCUACCAUUAUUCCUUCUCCUUCCCCUGUGACAUCUCCUACGAUGGUUGCUAAAGCACUUCCUACUUCAGUCACUGCCUCGACUCUCACUGAUGUUGCACCAUUAAAAUCAGUUCUGUCAGAAACUGCUGCUGCGAAAGACUUGCCACAAGCCCUUUCCACCCCACCUGCUGAAACCUCCAAUCAAAUUGCAACCAAGAGUAUUUCGUCUACAGCUUCACCAAAACCAACCUCAACAUCCUCCCCAAUCACAGCAACGACUGUGACAACUGUCAAAACUGCCCAAGCUAGUUCUUCAAGCUCAACAAGUACAGUUCCCACUAUAAGUCCAACCAUGCUUGCCAAGGCUUCUUUAGUGCCUCCAGUUACAACCGUGUCAUCGUCUUCUGCGAGUAUAGUUCCAUCCUCUAUAGCCCAAGCAAAGACGACCAAUGUGACGACUCCUAAAGUUAUUUCCAAACCAGUCCCAAAUCCACCAACAACACAAGUGCAAGUGGCCACACAGGCACAGGUUACAACUGGAACAUCCUCAGCAACUGCCCCAAUCUGCAAUCCUUCCCCAACAUCUACCAGUGUUACUUCCACAGCAAAGGCAGGGACUGUAACAGCAUCACCCCCAAUAAAGACGGUCCAGGUAUCGACCCUGACAGCAGCAGCCCCUUCUAAAGAAUCCACGACUUCAGCUGCCCUGCUACAACUGCAGAAAAGACUGCCAAGAUCCCACCCCCUGUAACAUCUUCCACAGGUUCUACAUCAACUCCAUCAACUGUCACCAUGUCAUCCCCAGAAAAUUUGAAUAAA